UAUAUAUCGGAAUAAGAAAAAAAUAAAUUAGUUCAUUGGCUAAGAAAAAUAACAUCUUUUCCAGCAGUAUUUACUAUGAGCGCAGAGCUAAAAAUAGUUGUUUUUCCACUUUUACAACUAUAGUUGAGCCAUACCACGCAGCAAUAUCCACGUUUAUCAACAUUUUGGUGUAUUCCCGAAUAAUCUCGAAGUUUUCUGUCCAUUAUCGAGUGCUAAUUUUCUAUAUUUGUAAUCACCGAAAAUUUUUAUAAAAAGGUCCAGAAUCGAGUUCUGACUUAUUUUUUUCAAAAUUUUGUUUGUGAAUUAUCAAAUUGUGAAGAAUAUUUUUAAAAAUGUCUGAUAAAGAAUCAUUGUGGCAACGAUGUCGUCAAAUGGAAGCUCAGGAAAAUCUUGGUGAAUCUUUCAAAUGUGCCUUAUACCUACAACGAAUGGAUCCGAAUGAUAAAGAAGUGAUUGAAACCUUACGAAGAUUAAAUGAAAAAAUACAAAAACUAUCACAAGAAGCGAAUUCGACCGAAAAUCGUAUGAAAAAGACAAUACAAUAUUUAAAAGAUGAAACCGAAGAUGAUGACAAACGUAUUGGUGCUGCAAAUAAUCUUAUCGCUUUAGUUCGAGAAAAUAGUGGCCGAAAAUUAUUUAUCGAACAAAAAGGAUUCGACUUGCUUGUGUCGUUGCUAAAGAAUCCCAAAGUAUUGUACGAUAUUCGUAUGGGUUUAGUCCGUGUUCUGGCACAGAUUAUUGGUUCAAGUAUGGAAUCAGCUCAACUCGUCUAUUCAAGCAUUGGAAUUGAUUUCAUAAUCGAAAUAAUGUCACGAGAGAAAAAUGAUGAAUUUCUUAUCUCUUCCCAAAGUGCCAUUCAAGGUAUGCUCACUCACUUCAGUGGUUUUAGUGCCAAAGAAAACCAAAAAAUUGACAAAGAAAAAGCAAAAAAAUAUGAACAACAUAUCGAUACAAUAAUGGCAUCAUUAUUUCAACGAAUCAAUCAACGCAUGAUGUCGGCCAAAUGUCGUGAUUGUCUAUUUGAAUUAUUGAUGGUCAAUGUUGAUCCGGAAGCCAUUGAUUGGGGUAAAAAAUUGAUCAAAGGAAAUGGCUUAUCCAAAUUAUUGGAAGUUGCCAGUGAAUUAGUUGAAGUUCGAUAUGAAAGUAGUAUGCCGAUCACUGCCGAUACCCGAACACAUGUUGCAUUAGUAUUGGAAAAAAUUUACAAUUGUAUGGAUUGUGAUAAAUCACGUGAAGAAUUUCGUACGCAAAUGAUGCAAUUUAUGAAUGAUCAUCUUCGAGGUCCAAAUAUUGAAAGUAAAGUUCGUGCAACAGCAGCAAUUACAGCUCUUUUAAAUGGCCCGAUCGAUGCCGGUAAUCAUUGUCUAACACAAGUUGGUAUUGUUGAAAUGAUGCUUGCUAUGGCUAAUUCCGAUGAUGUAGUUCAACAAUGUGUUGCUGCUGAAGCUUUAAUAGCUGCUACGGUUAAAAAAGAUAAAAGCGAGACAAUUGCACGUGAAGGAAUGGGUAUACUGAAGGCAUUAUUCCGAUCGAAUAAUCCAAAAAUCAAAGUUAGGGCCCUGGUUGGCCUUUGUAAACUUGGUUCAGUGGGUGGUACUGAUGCAUCCACUCGUGUAAUAUCGGAUGAAUCGACUAUGGAGUUAUAUAAAGCAUGCUGUGAUCUUUUGGAAAUUGGCGGUAAAUCUCCAGAUCAUCAAAACAAACCAGAAGACAUAAGAAAAUGGGCUGCUGAAGGGAUAGCAUAUCUUUCAUUGAAUGCCGAUGUUAAAGAAGCAUUGUGUAAGGAUCUGAAAUCAUUAGAACAAUUGAUUGAACUUGGUAAAAGUGGCGAAUUAUCCUGCUUGUUUGGUGUCGUUACAACAUUUGUCAAUAUAACGAAUAGUUAUGAAAAACAAGAAAUUAUACCGGAAAUGAUUGAAUUGGCUAAAUUCGCCAAACAACAUGUACCUGAAGAACAUGUAUUGGAUGCGAAACAAUAUGUAGAUGCACGAUGUAAAAUUUUGGCCGAACACCAUGUCACUUCGGCCUUAGUUGCUUUAUCGAAAACUCAAGCGAAAACUAGCCGCGAAAUGAUUUGUCGUGUAUUCAAUGCUAUCUGUGAACAUGUUAAUUUGCGUGGUUAUGUCGUACAGGAAGGUGGUGUUCGUGUAUUGAUUCGUUUAGCCUUGGAGAAUAAUAUGUUGACUGGGAAACGUCUUGCAGCACAAGCAAUAGCACGAAUAGCCAUCACUAAUGAUCCAAGUCUUGUUUUUCCAGGACAAAGAGCGUUAGAAGUUGUUGGACCAAUCAUGGAACUUUUACAUCCGGAAUGUAGUGCCUUACAAAAUUUCGAAUCACUAAUGGCACUAACAAAUCUUGCUCAAAUGAGUGUCCAAUUACGGAAUCGUAUUAUUAAAGAUGGUGGUUACUCUAGUAUUGAACAAUUCAUCUAUGAAGAUCAUCAAAUGCUCAAAAGAUCAUCGACACAAUGCAUCGCGAAUCUGAUUCUUGCCGAUUCUAUUGUAAAAUUGUUUGAAGGCGAUAAUGAUCGCGUAAAAUAUUUUGUUAUUCUUUGUGGUGAUGACGAUCUGGAUACUGCAUCCGCUGCAGCUGGUGCUUUAGCAAUGCUAACAUCUAUUUCUAAGAAAUCGUGUCAAAAAAUUCUUGAUGCUAAAGAAUGGCAACAAUAUUUAAUGCAAUUAAUUUCAAGUAAAUAUCCGGAAUUACAACACCGUGGUGUUGUCAUUGUACACAACAUGAUUUCAUCAAAUGGAAAUUGUGCACGAAAAAUUAUCGAAUCUCCAAUAUUAGAAAUUUUAAUGGCCAUCACACAACCGGGUAUCAUCGAAACAAACGAUACGGUCAAAGAAAUUGCUAAAGCAUCAUUGAAACGUGCAGAACAACUCAAAUUAAUUAAACAUAUUGAAAAUUUAAAUCUACAACAAGAAACCGGUGAUGAUGUUGAACGUGAACUUUAAUAAUUUUUAACAGCU